GAGCUCUCUGCAAGCAGUACCAAGGAGACGUUUACCUCACCGCCAGAGAUGUCGGCCGUGGUCAGGAGGCUGUGGAGUCUCUGGCCUCAGAAGGACUGAAGGCCAUGUUUCAUCAGCUGGACAUCAACGACCUGAACAGCAUCACUACCGCUGCUGCUUACUUUAAAGAGAAGUAUGGAGGGGUGGACGUCCUCGUCAAUAAUGCUGGCAUAGCAUUUAAAAUGGCAGACACCACCACAUUUGACAUACAGGCAGAGGUGACCCUCAAGACAAACUUCUUCGCCACCAGAGACAUGUUGACUCACUUCCUGCCGAUCGUCAGAGCCGGAGGUCGCGUGGUGAACGUCUCCAGCUUCGUCGGCUCCCGCACUCUGAACCAGUGCAGCCCGGAACUGCAGCAGCGUUUCCGCAGCGAGGACAUCACGGAGGAGGAGCUGGUGGGACUGAUGCAGCAAUUCGUCGACAAGGCCAAGAAGGGCGAGCACAAGCACGGCGGCUGGCCUGAAACAGCGUAUGGAGUGUCCAAAACUGGACUGACGACCCUGUCCAUGAUCCUGGCUCGUCGCCUGUCCAAGGAGAGACGGAAUGACGGGAUCUUGCUGAAUGCCUGCUGUCCCGGCUGGGUGCGCACCGACAUGGCAGGGGACAAAGCCCCAAAGUCACCAGACGAGGGCGCUAUCACCCCGGUCUACCUGGCACUGCUGCCGGCCGGAGCCACAGAUCCUCAUGGGAAAUUUGUCUCCGAUAAAGAAGUUCAGCCAUGGUGAAAGGGUUAAAAUGACCCGUGUGUGUGUGAGUGAAUCAAUGAAAGAGUAAAUUGCCAAAAAUGUAAAAAAAGUCCUUCAAAAUAGAAUUUCUUUCCAAAAAAGAAACAUGUUUGAUUAAACAUUUAAAAAAACAAUCUCGGAAAACUAUUGCAAGCAUUAACGUAACACAGUAACAUUAACCCUACACAUAAUGACUUUAUACUUUAUAAGCUCAUGCCUGGACUUUCUUAGGCUUUUUAACUGUUUUAGUUUAGCAGUUAAACCAAAUGCUGAUAGAGAUAACAUCAAAAUUACUGACAUGAUUCCAGGGAACAUUGACGUGUGUGUGUGUGUGUGUGUGUGUGUGUGUGUCUGCUUGUCAUGCGCAGCAAUAAUCAUGCAUGAAACUACCGAAGUGCUGGCUUAUUGCUGGUGGGUUGUUUUGAUAAAACACCACUUUCACUUUGCCUUCAGUGGUUAAAAGUUUUUGUUUUAAUAUUUUUUACAUGGAAAAAGAAAAACUUGCCUUAACUGGAUGAAACGUAAUUGUUGUGUAAUCAAAGAAAAUAAAAAGCUUUUCUACAAUACUCUGCUUGUGAAACUGAACAAUAAAUGAAUGAAUCCCAAAUUC